GUUAAUCAAAGACAGGCUGAGCUUGGAAUCAGGACGACUGGAAUAUCGUGUCUAAAAUUAUGCACGACGCAUAUAUCUAAUUGAGAGGUCGCGAGUUUUGUGGUGUAUGGAUGAAAGGCAUUGAUGCCUUGUCAGAAUACAUUUGGAUUAUAUUUUUGAGCAGGAAUCGAGCUGAAAAUGGUUUAAAAAUGAUGUGAUAAGUUCAAAAGACGAGAAUGGCGAUAUACUGCAAGCAAGUUCGACGAGUCUAAGGGCCGUAGACUAUACUAGCCUAGUGCAUUUGGUUUUAUACCAGUGUGAAUAUCGGCCCGCUCCUUCGCUUAAUACGGGAAGAUGUCGACGAGUUCAAGGAGACCAUCGCUUCCCCCCAUGCCGGACCUCAAUCACCUUACGGAGGAUGAGCGGCUGGUGAUUGAGGGUGUACUCGCCCGCCAGAGGGAAGAAGAAGAAAAGGAACAAGACAUGAUUCGUCAAAUGAAGGAUGAGUUUGAAAAUUACCAACAAUCGGUUCUUAAAUUAAAUGAAGAAACAAUUAAAAAUGUUCCAGAGGACAUCGGUGCUGUCUGUCAAGUAUGUCACAAGACAAAAUUUGCAGACGGGGUCGGACAUAGUUGCCAUUACUGCCAAAUCAAAUCUUGUGCUCGCUGUGGAGGACGAAUGCCUAUCAAAAACGCCAACAUGAAAGGUGAUACGAUUGUUUGGUCAUGCAACCUUUGUCGAAAGAAACAAGAAAUUUUGGCGAAAACAGGGGCUUGGUAUCAUGGGGGGAUGGCUAAACCAGUUGCUCUUGACAUUCUUAGUGAUGGGGCUUCUGGUACAGGAAGCGAGACAACGUCUACAAAAACUGACGUCAGCCCUCCCAACGAAAAGAAACCGAAAAUUUUAGAAAAACAGCAGGAUAGUAGUCAAGGAUCAGAGAAAGAAAAUAUUGAAAAGCAUGAUAAAAGUUUUGUGCGAACGGGGAGUAUGCAAGGAAAAGAACUCAAAAGACAAUUUUCAAUGACAGAUGCAGUGACUAAUAAAUCUACUGAAAAUAAAGACGGUACUUCUAUUAUUGAGAAGGAAAAAUUACGAGAACACGGACAAAUACCCGAAAGGGGACGUGGAAAGGAGCGGGCUCCUGCCAGACAGCGACAUCAUAGUGAAAGUCGUCUUUCGGAAACGGAUAAAAAAUUUCAUGCGCAAGAAUGGCAACACACGGAAGGUGGAAGGGAUCGUCAUGGUGUUCCUAGAUCACGCGAUCAAUCUGCUGAUGUUCUAACGAGUAGUCAACCAAAACAUCCAGAAGAUCGCAAACAUGAGCGCGACCGAGAUCGCGUGAAACAUGAAAUGAGUGAUCAUAGGGAUCCGAGAGAUCCUAAUGAACGUAAGAUGGAUCCCACUCGUGAAGGUCGACACAGGGAAGGUCGAGAUAGGGAUGGUAAAGAAAGAGAUCGUGAAGGUCGAGAUAGAUCAAAUCACGGCAGUACUCAUUCUUCGCAUUCAUCCCAUUCUACACAUAGUUCUCAUCCUCCCCACGGUCCUCAUGACCGUAGAGAGGAGAGACCCGAAGAUCUUGAUAGAAGACGAGAUCGUGAUGCCACGAAAGAUAGGAAGAAAGAGCCAGUACCUGAUAGAUAUAGACAAUCUCCAAUAAAUGGUCGUCGUGAACAUAGCACUUCUCGCGAUCGAACGGCAGAAAUGCAGGAAUUACGCGAUACUACGCAAAAUCGUGAAUCUAGGGAAUAUAUACGGGAUCCGUCUCAUGAUCCUCAUGCAGUAGAAACACAAGGGGAUGAAGUUCGUGUCGAGAGAAGAGGUAGUAACAGACAUCAUCGUGAUCGUGCUGGAAAAGAUCAAAGGCGAUCUCCAAGUCGGGAACGUGGACGAUAUAAGGAAAGUGAUGUGUCAGACUUCAAAGAUUCUCCGAUCCCGAGACAUCGUAUUUUAAUUGAUCAUGCGAGUGAUACGCCAACUGCUUCCGAGGACUCGAGAGAAUUUUACGACAAAAGACAUCUGGACCCGAGUUCGGCCAAGAAUAAUCGUAAAAAAUUGGAAUCAAUGCUUAGAAAUGAUUCACUUAGUUCUGAUCCAUCAGACUGUGUUCGCCCACCUCCCCCGAAACCCCAUAAACAUAGGCGGGGUAAAAAACAGCGUCAACAAUCUCUAAGUAGCUCGGAGGACGAGAUUCGUUCCACACCUGAGUGUUCUAGUUGUGAGGAACUGGAUUUAGAAUCUGAGAGUGUCAGUGAAAAAGGUUUGUAUAAAGGGGACAUAUAUACAGAUGUCCAAUCAGGGCGAUUAAACUCGUCCAAGUCUUCUGAUUCUCGACCCAAAUUACAAUAUGACACUGGGAGAGGUACUAGUUUCGAAGAAUCCUCAUCCUGCAUUUCGGAGCCACAUAAUAUAAAGGAUUCUGGCAUUGACACCGGCUUUUCAAGUAGUUGCUAUUCACUUAACGAAGAACUUCACAAGCACCCAGUUACCUGGCAACCCUCGGCAGACGGACAAAAAUGGAUUGGUCACAUGAUUUUAAAGAAGACGGUACUGGAGGGUGGACGUCAACGCAGUGACUCUAGUGCCAUUUUAGGUACUGCAUUAGGUUUGAAAGUUAUUGGUGGUAAAAUGUCUGAAAGUGGCAAACUUGGUGCUUUUAUUACGAAAGUAAAGAAAGGGAGCAUAGCAGACACAGUUGGCCAUCUUAGACAAGGUGAUGAGGUGGUAGAGUGGAAUGGUCGAUCACUGCAAGGUGCUACUUUUGAAGAGGUGUAUGACAUUAUAUUAGAAUCAAAACAAGAACCACAGGUCGAACUUAUCGUUCAUAGAAGCACUAAAACUGGCGAGGUUCCUCCUGGAAUACAGUCAACUUUCACUGAUCAUGCACGAGACUAUGCUUUAAGAGAUGCGCUUCCAGCCCAGAAUCAGCACAGAAAUCGUCACAGCCUUACUGUGACAACCACUGGUUCAAGAUCAAGGUCAAGAUCUCGACCCCAUUCACCACUUAUUACAGGAAGGUUACAGGUCAAAUUAUGGUAUGAUAGUAGAAGUUUUCAACUUAUCGUUUCUGUGAUAUCGGCUCUAGAGUUGACUUUGACAGAUAAUGGAAAGUUCCGCAAUCCUUACUGUAAACUAUAUUUAUUACCUGAUCGAAGUGAGAAGAGUAAGCGAAGAACCAAGACUAUAGCUAAUACUAUAGAACCAACAUGGAAUCAGACGUUUAUUUACUGCCCAGUUAAAGAAGUAGAUUUACGGGACCGUCUGCUUGAAAUCACUGUCUGGGAUUAUGAUAGAAUUGGUGCUAGUGAAUUCCUGGGAGAGGUGUUGAUAGAUUUGACGUCUGCUAAUUUAAAUGAUGAACCUUACUGGUAUCAACUAAGUCACCAUGAUGAUGCAAGUAUUCCUUUGCCUGCUAACUCCCCUCGAACUAAAACCUCAAAAGAUCCAUACGACCUUCGUAAAGACCAUUUGUCACCUCCUAUCAGUGCCCGUGGUUUGAGUGACAGUGACGUAUCAGAGUUAGAUUAUGACGACAGUAUUGGUGUUAUCUCCGGUACUGGUCAUAUAGCUCGGGAGGGUAACAGUGUCAGCUCUAUCCCCUCCUCUUGUAGCCCUACUAAUACAAACGAUGUAUAUGUGGAGGACAGGCAUCGUUCUUCUAGACGCGAUCAUGAAGAAUCGCCCGUUUCGAGAAGGCGAAGUGGGACAGUUGUAGGAAGAGAAGAAUUGCCAGCCAGAAGACGACAUGCAAGCGUCAGUGAUUCCCUGGAACCGCAAGACAAGACGGCCACAAAAUCAGGUCGUGCGGUGCCAAGAGAUGGAACUCGUCUUAGAUCUCGUUCACCAACUCACCAUAGAGUGCCAGAAGUGGCGUCAAGGUCACUCUCUCCACCAGAAUUAAGAUCAACUAUUGCUAGCAGUGGUCGAGGUAUAGGAGGAUUAUCAUCACGUUCUGCAGGCGGAACUCCUACCAGUACCCCAUCACCUAAAAAACGCCAACUACCAGCCAUCCCGCUAGAAGCGCAGAUGGCUAGUAGAGAUCGAGUUACACAAGAUCUAGAAGAAAGAGCCCGAAUAAUGAAGAUGAAAAUGAAGAUGGGACGAGGGGGAUCAGGUGUUUCCCAAUCAGACAGUGAGUCGUAUUAUAGGUCACAUGACACUUCAGAUUACCUCGACAGACAGCUACGCGCCAAGACUCGAGAGAGAUCUGAAAGAAGUUUAGAAAAAGCUAUGGAGCGGCGAGAAAGAGAGAGGAGUUAUGAUAGGUCACGUGAUGUUGAAAGAGGACAUCAUCAUCAUAGAAGCAGACGCAAUAAAGAAUUUAGUCCCGAUGUCUCAGAUGAUGUGGCCAGUGACGUUUCAGAGACAAGUGACAUGUCAGAAGUGUCAAAAGUCAGCACCAUUAGUGUUCGCUCUACACAGUCCGAACGACCUCGUAGAAAACUUAGUGAAUUUACCUCAAAGAUGGAGAGUCGAACCACAAUACCAAGGUCACGGAACGUGGUUAAAAGUACAAGCAACGAGCAAGGGCUAGAUCAAAAUGACGGCAGUGUGUCCGACUCUGCUAUAUCAUCCAGUAUCACUGAAGGUCGUAAGAGACGACCUAGUCUUUCCAAUAAAGUCGCCAAUUUUGUGGGUCUGAAACGCAGGAGUAGCAGUGCCAAUCAGUUAGCUGAAAAAGGCAAAAAGAAAAGUUCGUUUCAACGCAGUGAAGAAGUGGGACCUGUUGAUCUUCGUGGAGGAAUGUCUAAACAAGCUAGUAAAGAUUCAACCGAUGGCAGUAUGGGUAGCGUUAGUAGCGACUCAUCUAGCGUGUUAUGGCUUCCAACAGGAAUGCGCUUGGGAUCAGAAGGUCAGUUUGGCGAUUUUAUCGAAGGACUUGGUCCAUCUCAGUUGGUUGGCAGACAGGUACUCGGUGCUGCAUGUCUCGGAGAAAUACAGCUGGGAUUGUACGAUCGUAAAGGUCAUUUAGAGGUCGAGGUUAUUCGGGCUCGUGGAUUGUUAUCAAAACCCGGUGCACGUGUUCUACCAGCCCCAUAUGUAAAAGUGUAUUUAAUAGAAGGUAAAAAUUGUAUAGAGAAACAGAAGACUACCAUAGCUCGUCGUACUUUAGAUCCCUUGUAUCAACAACAAUUAGUCUUUAAUGAAUCGUACCAUGGUAAAAUACUACAGGUGACUGUUUGGGGUGAUUAUGGUCGAAUGGAUAAGAAGGUGUUUAUGGGUGUAAGUCAGAUUCUAUUGGAGGACUUAGAUCUAAGCAACAUUGUGAUUGGCUGGUACAAACUGUUUACUACUUCCUCAUUGGUUGGACAUCAUUCUUCCACCACUGGACUUGCUCAAUCAGCGAGAGGAUCCUCCACCUCUUUGGAUAAAUAUGGUCGCUCCUAGUGCUGUACUUGUUAAACUCCCUCUUUCUCUCAAGCGUGCUCUAUAUCUCUUUUAAACUUGUCUGCAUUCGAUCAACUUGAAUUGAUUUAUGGAAUGGCCAUAACCUUUGUCGGUGACCUUUUGAUAAUGCCUAUCAUCAUAACAAUCUUCAGCGAUUUCCAACUUUGUAAAUAUGAUUGGAUUGUGUGCUUAUCAGGAACAAAAACAGUAUGCUCGCAACCAACUUAAAAUUUGAUAUUCGUUACUGCAUGUAAAGAAAAUUCCCAAACUUUUAAAAUUCUGGUUGAGUGUUAGCUAUGUUAGAUGAUGAAAAAUUUAAAGGUUUCAAUUUCCUGGAAAAAAGUUCAUUCAAAAAAGAUGGAUAAGAAGGCCCAAUGAGUUGGAUUCCUGGGAGAAGUUGUUGGCCAUUCUAAAUUUUGGAAGUAUUGCAGAAUGUGCUUUUUCUAUACAGAUAACCGUAUAUCCGACAUCUGCUUAGAUACAGUCAUAGGUCAUGAAAAUAUUUACUGCUGAACGCACAUUUAACAAUUCUUAUAUUUACAUUUAUACAUAUAUUACAUUUACAAAUAUGGAGCCUUUUCAUUCAAGUUGCCAUGGAAACCAUCAUAACUUUAUGCAGAUGAGCAAAUUAUGAAAUGUGAUUGGUAUAAAUUGAAUUUGUUUGAUAAUGUCCAUUCUGUAUUACUCUAAUUGGAAGAUCAUUUAUAAUCUAAAUUUUGAAUUUAUUAAGAUCUUUUUUAAUAAGAAUCUGUAAUGAAUGACGAGAGCCUGUUAUCCUUAAAAUCGGAGGGAGGUUAAAGCAAUAGCCUAUUAAAGCUUUUGAAAUAGUUUAUUAGAGUUUGUGUAUAAGGAUACAGUAGUUUCAAAAGAGUGCGAUGGUUGCUUUUGGAAUUUUUUGAAAAAUAAGAAAUUUUGAUGCAACAGUAACACUCUUUUAGAAGUAUAUGAAAUAGUUGAUUAAUGUUUGUUUACAUACAAAAUUUAUUUACAAAACAUUUUAAGAAAGUACCAAAAAAAAAAAGUUUUUAUCCAGUUUUGAAAAAAAAAAAAUUACUGUGAUUUUAACAGAAUUAAUUAGGAUUAUGAAUAUUUAUUAAUUAGUUCAUUAAUAUUCAAUUCUAUUAAUUAAUAUUUAACUUUAGUCUGUAUGAUGUUAAAUCUUUAAUUGUGUGUAAGUCUACUACCAGUAUUUGUUUUUUUUAACACAUGACACUUGAUGUAUGCAUAAAUUUGCAUAAUUGAAUAUUCAUAAUUGAUUUCAUGAAUAUUAACUAGUAAGUGAUGAAUAUGUAUUAGAAAGUUUACUACUCUUACCAGGGAUCAAUUAUUGUGCCUAUUAAUAAUUUAUUCAAUGUUCCAUGGAUGUUGAUUUUUUCCUUUGAUUUUGGGGAGAAAAAUAAACAAGUUUAACUAACUUGAGAUCUCCGUGUGUUAUAAAAAAAAUGUGUCUUUUCGGUUACUAAUGGAUACGAAAGUGUAGCUGUUCCCAUGGAGAUAUACUAUUAGCAUGUUGUAUUCCCAUGGAGGAAUAAUGUGACUGUUAUACAGAAAAUGAAUUCGAGUGAUGUGAUAGGCUGAAAUGCUAAGUAUUGAGGAUGCUGCAAGAGGUCUGCAACUCUGUUAAAGUGUUGUGAUUUAUGGAAAUGUUGUUACGCGGCAAAUUGUUAUUAGAAGUUGUUGAGAGUUCUUAAGUUUGUCCGACAUAUUUGGGACUAACUAUUGUAAUGCAAUUUUAAUUGAAAGUUAUGUAGGCCGUUGUAGUUAAAUAUUGCUUAGUACUGAGUGAUUUGUUUUAGAACUUUAUUAAUUGCAUGAUUUUUUUUUAAGUGACUGCAUGAAUAGUUUGUUGAAAAUUAAAAUAAGGUUUGUUUAGCCAAGAUUCAGUCUACUUCUAGAUAAAACAAACCUCAAAGACUGACAAUCUGGUAGCUGAGUAUACAAGUUAUUUUAAAUAUUUCUGUUUAUCUGGAAAUAAGGACUUUUUGGAAUACAGUAUAUCACAAUUUCUUCAGAACUCGAGUAGUGUUUGCAUUACUAUAGUUUCAAUUAAAUAAUAUUAAAAAUUAAAUUGUUUAGUUCAGUUCCAGGUAAAAAAGUAAAUUUCUUUGAGAUCGCUAAAGAGGAACCAUUUUACUACAUUGUAUCUUCAACAUUGAAGUUCAUGUAAAGAUUUUUAUGUGUUUGCCAUGACUGGUGCAUAUGGUUUGUUACUUGGAGUGUAUUUCAAAGACAAUUUUAUUAAAUAGUUUUAAUUUUUAUUUCCAUUUCCAUUACAAUGAUCAACAUGAAAAUAAAUAGUAUAUGUGUAGCAUGAUGUGGUUUUAUGUUGGAAUUCAUUCACUGAUCACCGAUUGUCUAAAGGAAUUCAGUUCUUAUUGAUGAUUGGCUAACAGAAAUAGGUAUUUAGUAUUGAUUGGCUAACUGAAAUAGGUUUUUGUUGUUGAUUGGAUGAUAAAAUUUUAAUACGUAGAUGUGUGGUUGAUAUUUAAUAUGUAUAGUAACUAUUAUUAUUAAUUAAUAUUAUUAUAAUUAUUAUUAUUAUUAUUACUAUUAUUAAUAUUAUUCAAUAAGAAAGAUUUCUAUGCAAAAACUUUAAAUACAUUUGAAUUAACAUUAUAAUAUAUAAGUUUGAAUGUAGCUUUUUUUCACAGAUUUUUUUGUUCGUUUCUGAAACCAGUUUGUGAUAUUUAAAGUAGUCUCGUGUUUUUAGAUUGUUUUGCUUGUAUGUGCAUGCACGGUUGUAAAAUGGCAACUGCGUGACUUUAGAGCAAUGCCUGUGCAAACCGACAUUGUAGGUCGGGUUGCCUUUUUUUCACGAUUUAAAUCUGUUUGUGUGAAGUUAAAAUUUUGAUUCGUAUAUGAAAUGAAUUGUUGAAUAUUAAUAUAUAUAAUAUAUAAAUAUAUAUUAACGUUGACUACAAAGAAGAAUUAUUGAUAGUAGACAACUUUUUUAGACAUUUUUUUUUGUGUUACUUAAAAGGCGUAUGUACCUGUUUUUUUAUUUAACAACAACAAAAAAGCGUGAACUAAUCAUUGCCAACAAGUGCAAAUAUGUCAUGCGUUUUUUUGUUUGUUUUUGUUUUGUUUUUAUUAUUAUUAUUACUGGUAAUAUAUAUAUAUAUAUAUAUAUAUAUAGAUAUAUAUAAAUAUAAAGGCCAAUAUGGCUAAUAUGUACAUACAACAUUCACAUAAUUUACUUAAAGAGGUUGUACGUAAAUAAUAAAUGGUCAGUCUAAUUAUUAAUUAUGGAUAAGCCUUUGUGAUCAUUGAUAAUAAGCUGUGAUCCAUUUUUCGUAGGAAUUAUACUUAAGUACUAAAUUUCAAACUGAGAAAACCAAUUAGACAUGCAUUCAUCUGUUUUUGUUGAAAUUAUACUUUACUGCCGCAGGUAGGGUAAUAAUUUCUUUACUCAGAUGCAAUAAAUUAUUAAUUGAUGAACACAAUUGAAAUUGAAAUUGAAUCUGAAAUCUGAUGUCUAAAUUUUAAUUAGAAACAAAGGUAGCAAAAAAUGGCUCAUUGGGGUAGUAAUUAAUUUAUUUAUGAAUUCUACCAAAAAUUGGAUUCUGGAUAAAAAGUAGUUGAAAGGACAUGAUUUUCAUUACAAUGUAUUUAAUCAUUUUAAGAAAUUUUUAAAGGCGUUUUAAUAUAGAAAGACUUAAUAAGGGCAUAUAUGGUAAAUUAUUUAAAAAGUUACAUGUAAUCAAUGAGCUAGUUUACUGAUUUACAUCCCAUAGAAUUUCAAUUAAUACAUAUGUAUAUCAUAUGAAAGUUUGAUUGGAAAUUAUUAGAUUAUAAAUGUUAUUAAUAUACCAUUUAUAGUUUUUUAGUAAAUAAUUAUUAAUCCAUGGCUUAAUGACAGUUACAAUAUUGGCUUGAAAUCAAUAAUUAUCAAGUAUUAUGAUUUAACCAUUGGAAAACAUCAAAUUUGAAUGAAUAUUAAACAAUACAUCAUAUGUUUCAUGAAGAUUAUUAAACUAUAGGUUAUGAUUGGUUACUCCAAGCUAUAUGUUUUUAUUUGAUUGAUUCUUUGAUAAAGUGUAGGUUUUGAUUGACGAUUAUUAAACUAUUCAGUUUGAUUAUUAAACUAUUUGGUUUGAUUGAUCAUUGAACUCUAGGUUUUGAUUGAUUUUUUAAUAACAUUAAAUAUUGAUUUGUUGAUUAUUAAACCAUGGGAAUGUUUGAUUUUUUUUUAAAACAAUAGAUGUUCAAUUGACUAUUAAGCCAUAGAUACAUAAUUGAUAAUGAAGCUUUUGGGUUUCAUUCCUUAUUAAACCAUAGCUUUUUGAUUGGUACUAUUCAACCAUAGCUUUUUAAUUGAUAUUAAUUAUAAUUAAACUUCAGGUUUUAAUUAAGAAUUAUUUAGGUUUUUAUUAAUUAAUGAUAAUUAUUAUACGCCAUAUACAACUUUCAUUUUUCAUUCUGUACAUUUUUGAAUAGCACUGUUUUCAUAGCCAUCUGACUAAUUCAGUUUUUAGUCGGUAUUAUUGUACAUUGUGCACUAUUAAAUUUCUUGUACAUUGA